GACCUCAACUCACCCUCAGACAUGAAGCAGGCUAUCCCGUUUGAGGAUCUGGAUCACAACAGUGUUCCCGUUGAAGAGAAGGAGAAUAAAAUACCAGAUAGAGGAAGCUGGAAAGGAAAAUUUGACUUCCUGCUGUCCUGCGUUGGAUAUGCUAUUGGUCUUGGAAAUGUAUGGAGGUUCCCAUAUCUGUGUGGAAAGAAUGGUGGAGGAGCUUUUCUGAUCCCAUACUUCACUACUCUGGUGUUUGCUGGGAUCCCACUAUUUCUGUUGGAGACGGCAUUAGGACAGUACACAUCUGUGGGAGGACUGGGAGUAUGGAAAUUAAUACCCAUGAUGAAAGGUGUGGGUCUGGCUGCUGUGGUUCUGUCCUUCUGGCUCAACAUUUAUUACAUCAUUAUCAUUGCCUGGGCACUCUACUACUUCUUCAGCUCUUUCAAAGCAGAAUUGCCAUGGCAAACCUGUGAUAACCCUUGGAACACUGAUCGCUGCUUUUCCAACUACAGCCUGCUGGACACCACCAACCUGUCCAGUGCUGUCACUGAGUUCUGGGAGAGGAACAUGCACCAGUUAACAAAUGGUUUGGAAGAACCAGGUGAAUUGCGUUGGCCAUUGGUUGGAACUUUGGCAUUGUCUUGGAUUCUUGUCUAUUUCUCAAUCUGGAAAGGAGUGGAGUGGACAGGAAAGGUGGUCUAUUUCUCUGCCACAUAUCCCUACUUCAUGCUGUUUAUUCUGUUUUUUCGUGGAGUCACUCUUCCUGGAGCAAUAGAUGGAGUUCUCUUUUAUAUCACUCCAAAUUUCAACAAGCUUCUGAAAUCUGAGGUGUGGUUGGAUGCUGCCACUCAGAUCUUCUUCUCUUAUGGUCUGGGUUUAGGUUCUCUUAUUGCUUUGGGCAGCUACAACUCCUUCAACAAUAAUGUCUACAGAGAUUCUGUCAUUGUGUGCUGUAUAAAUUCCUGCACCAGUAUGUUCGCUGGGAUUGUCAUAUUUUCCAUUGUGGGCUUUAUGUCUUACAUCACAAAGAGACCCAUUGAAGAACUGGCUGCUUCAGGUCCUGGUUUGGCAUUUCUGGCCUAUCCGCAAGCUGUCACACAGCUUCCCAUGUCUUCACUCUGGGCUAUUCUCUUCUUCUCAAUGCUCAUGAUGUUGGGAUUGGACAGUCAGUUUUGUACAGUGGAAGGCUUCAUCACUGCUUUAAUGGAUGAAUACCCUACAGUCCUUAGGAAGAGAAAAAAAAUCUUCAUCCUAAUUGUCUGCCUUGUGUCCUUCAUCAUUGGAUUUUCCAACAUUACCCAGGGUGGCUUAUAUGUGUUUAAACUGUUCGACUACUACUCAGCCAGUGGGAUGUGUCUUCUUUUCCUGGUCUUCUUUGAGACAAUCUCCAUUGCUUGGUUUUAUGGUGCAGAGAAGUUUUAUAAAAAUAUUGAAGAGAUGAUCGGUUAUAGGCCUUGUGGCUUUUGGAAACAAUGCUGGAUUUACUUUACUCCAAUGAUUUGUUUGGGUGUUUUUACAUUCAGUGCCAUAGAAAUGACUCCGCUGACACUGGGGAAGUAUGUGUACCCAGCCUGGGGUCAGGGAAUUGGCUGGCUAAUGUCCCUUUCUUCUAUGGUUCUGAUACCUGGUUAUAUAAUCUACAUGUUCUUCACUACCAAAGGCAACAUCCAACAGCGGUGGCACAAGAUGACUAAACCCACCGAGCUCACAACCUCAGAUGUCAAUGAUCCCACACAUACAGGGAUUAUGGAUGAAGCUUCUGUCUGACAUCACUUUCUCUUCCCUGUAAAAUGACCUUUA